AUACAGCACAGCUCAUACAGUUCAGACAAUCUCCAGUGAGUUCUUCUGUGGUUUCUUGGUGGACUUUGGAUUUGGUCUUGGAAAAAGCCUCCUCCAGAGUAAGAGAAGUUCUCUCUCACUUUCUCCUGUCAGCUCACUGAGGCAGCACUGUCAGCAUGGGCUCAGGCUCCUCAUCCUACGCCCCCAGAACCAUCUACCUGGACGUGGAUGGCAAAGUGCAGAAGAAACACAGCUGUUAUGCUGUUGGACCCUGAGGGAGCCCUGGUGUCCAUUGAUCCUACCAUGCCCACCAACUCUCCCAAUUCUCUCUACAAAGUCGUUCCUCUGUCCCACGGUCAGCUGGGAGAGAAGGAAGACAUGUUUCAGAACGUGUUAUCGCAGGUGGCGGAGCAGUUCAGCAGGGCCUUCAGGAUCAAUGAACUGAAGACCGAAGUGACCAACAGGCUGGCUAUGCUGGAGAAGAGAGUCGAGUUGGAGGGCCUCAAGGUUGUGGAGAUUGAGAAGUGCAAGAACGACCUGAAGAAGCUGAGAGAUGAGAUGACCUCCAGAGGAGGAGGAAGAGUGAACUGCCCAUGUAAGUACAACUUCUCGGACGAUGGAAAGAAACUAACUCCGAGACGCGACGUUCCCAGCUAUCCAAAGUACACGCUCUCUCAGGAGACGAUUGAGGCUCUGAAGAAACCUACCUUUGAUGUCUGGCACUGGGAGCACAAUGAAAUGCUCAGCUGCUUGGAGUACAUGUACCAUGACUUAGGGCUGGUGAAGGAGUUCACCAUGAACCCCAUUACUCUCAAGCGCUGGCUGCUUGCUAUUCAGGAGAAUUACCGUAGCAACCCCUUCCACAACUUCCGCCAUUGUUUCUGUGUGAGUCAGAUGAUGUAUGGCAUGAUCCACCUCUGCAACCUUCAGGAAAAGCUCACGCUGACAGACUUGGGCAUUUUAAUGACUGCUGCAGUAUGUCAUGACUUGGACCACCCUGGAUACAAUAACACGUACCAGAUAAAUGCCCGCACUGAGCUUGCAGUGCGCUAUAAUGACAUCUCUCCUCUGGAGAACCAUCACUGUGCUGUGGCCUUCCAAAUCCUCGCUUUGCCCGAGUGCAAUAUCUUUGCCAAUGUGGAUUCUGAAACUUUUAAACAGAUCCGCCAGGCAAUCAUCACGCUGAUUUUGGCCACUGACAUGGCCAGACAUGGGGAGAUCCUGGACUCCUUCAAGCACAAAGUGGACAACUUUGACUUCACCAAUGAGGAGCAUGUAACUUGUCUGAAGAUGGUCCUGAUCAAGUGCUGUGACAUUUCUAAUGAGGUCAGGCCCACGGAAGUGGCCGAGCCAUGGGUAGACUGUCUGCUGGAGGAGUACUUCAUGCAGAGUGACAGAGAGAAGUCUGAGGGUCUGCCUGUCGCUCCAUUUAUGGACAGAGACAAAGUGACCAAGCCCACCGCUCAGAUUGGCUUCAUUAAAUUCGUCCUCAUUCCCAUGUUUGAAACAGUCAUGAAGCUUUUCCCGCAGAUUGAGGAAAUCAUGGUGCAGCCUCUGCGCGACUCACGGGAUCACUAUGAAGAGCUCAAGCAGAUUGAUGAUGCCAUGACCGAGGCACAGAAGAAAAAAACAGAAAAUAUGUCAUUAGGAGGGAAGAAGAAAUAAGUUUUGCGGCAAGCUGAGUGCUACCGUGGAUCUUGCUUUCUGACCCGUUUCCGCAGCGGGAACAACGCUCCGGUCUGAGCUUUUACUAAGAAGGUCCACUGUGAAGUCAAAGUGGUGUUGAAGAUGGCUGCUCCAUCUGUUGAAUCCAAAGAGGCAUCUGAAGUGCUCAGGCUUUUGGAACCGGGACAGGGAUCCUCCACAUAGCUGCAAGCUGGUAGACUGCUAGACAAUAGAUUGGUCUGAUCAUCUCUGUUUGUUGUUUCUUCUAUGUGGCCUCUUUGGGAAUUGUGGGCAUACACGCCAGCAUGGGUUUUUUCUUCUCUUCUUUUUGUUUGUGCUGUUCUCAGAAUUUUGGCAUUUGCAUGUCCUGCAUGAGGAAGUAUGUUAGUUAGAGUGUACGGUUAAUAUUUAUUAUGUACUAUGUAGCCAUUGAAGAUUACUGUUACCACUGAGGCCAGAUGGAAGAUAGAAGAUAAGGCUUUACAGCUUCAUGUACACCUUUUAAAAAAUAGCAAAAGCAUUUCAAAAUGCUUCUUGAUCACUAUGAAAAGUGUGAUUGCUUUCCCAAUUUUAUCUCACAGACAUCUUGGCACCUGUAAAACAAUCAAUUCAGUGUUGGAUAGAUUUCAGUAGUGAACACCCAGUUGCUAUAAAACAUGGGGAAGUGUACUGACACUUGACAAAUAUGUCUGGACUCCAGCCACUGUUGCCUUCUGUAUUUUAACUUUAUUUCAAUGUUGACCACAGCACAAAGUCAAUUGAAGUGUGUUAUGAAUGAUUGAUGAGUUUAUGAAAAAAAUCACUAAAAAGGCAUUUAUUUUCUCAUUUGAUACAGGUGUCUGACAUGUGCAGUUUAUUUUUCUUCUACAAUUCUUUUACAAGAAUUUUAAUGAUGUAAUCUCAUACUUGUCAUUAUGUUUAACAUUCCUCCCUACUAGGACCUUCUCAGCACUGUCACUGACUUUUU